AAAUUCAUUUUCACUUUUACUGACGGAAGCGUGGCACCGGGCUGUCAAUCAUCCAUAACAUCUCUUAUGAGACAUCUUUUGAGGUUGUUUUGGCCACGACCACUAUUUCUUCGGCGAAAACAGACGGUUCAGUGUUGUAGCUUUCUCUCUGUAAAUCGGAGACCUAUUUCUCAAAAUUUUGGGAUAGAGACAGGCACAAUGGAUCACGAGACGGAGGAAAUCCUGGCACCCCUGAGGCUUGCUGUGAAAGAACAGGGAGACAUGGUAAGGAAGCUAAAAGAAGAAAAAGCUCCUGAUAUAGAUGUACAGAAGGCUGUAGCUGAGUUAAAGCACAGGAAGAAGACGCUAGAAGACAAGGAACUUGACCUGGGAGCCAAAGACAAUAUAGAUCGAGGAAAAAUGGAAGAUUUACUGAAGCAGAAAUUCUUUUUUGAUCAAUCAUUUUCAAUUUAUGGAGGUGUGAAUGGUUUGUAUGACUUUGGCCCCAUGGGAUGUGCUGUCAAAGCCAACCUUCUCCAAGCCUGGAGGAAUUUCUUUAUUUUGGAGGAGCAGAUGCUGGAAGUGGACUGCUCCAUGCUGACUCCAGAACCAGUCUUAGUAGCCUCGGGUCACGUGGAGAGGUUUCAGGACACCAUGGUAAAAGAUCUGAAGACGGGGGAUUGUUACAGAGCAGACCACCUGAUUGAAGCCACCUUUGAGAAGAUGUUAGCAGACAAAAAAGUUGAUGCAGAAAAGAAGACAGAAAUCAAGAAGCUGCUACCACUGAUUGAUGGAAUGUCUAAAGAAGAUAUGGGAAAAACCAUAGUACAGUACAACAUGAAGGCUCCACUCACAAACAAUGAUCUCUCAGAUCCAAUGGAAUUCAAUCUCAUGUUCUCAACGGCCAUUGGACCCACUGGGCACAUAAAGGGUUACCUCCGUCCAGAGACAGCUCAGGGAAUUUUCGUUAAUUUCAAGCGACUGCUGAACUUUAAUCAGGGAAAGCUUCCUUUUGCUGCGGCACAGAUUGGUAACGCCUUCCGAAAUGAAAUCUCUCCAAGAGCUGGACUGUUGAGAGUCAGAGAGUUCACAAUGGCUGAGAUAGAACAUUUCUGUGACCCUGUCAUGAAGGAUCACCCAAAGUUCAACACAGUGGCGGAUCUAGAUGUGGUGUUAUACUCCGCAUGUAACCAGAUGGAUGGCAAGUCACCUCAGGUGUGGAAACUAGGGGAGGCGGUGAAACAGAAACUGAUAGCUAAUGAAACACUUGGGUAUUUUAUGGGGAGGAUCCAACUUUUUAUGCUGAAGUGUGGCAUUGACAAGAAGAAGCUGAGGUUCCGACAACACAUGUCUAAUGAGAUGGCUCAUUACGCCUGUGAUUGCUGGGACGCCGAAUGUAAAACUACAUACGGUUGGGUGGAGUGUGUUGGAUGUGCAGACAGAUCCUGUUAUGACUUGAACCAGCACACAAAGGCUACGGGUACUAGAUUAGUGGCAGAAAAGAGACUUCAGGCACCCAAAGAGGUGGAUGUUGUGGAGUGUACAUCCAACAAAGGAACCCUGGGUAAAGUGUUCAAGAAAGAUGCUAAGGUUAUAGGAGAGUACCUAGCCGGACUCACUUCUGAUGACUGUGAUAGAAUAGAGAAUGACUUGUCCAGCAAUGGUGAAUCUCAGAUAAAAGUUGGUGAACAAACCUUUACACUCAAACCUGACAUGGUGUCCAUCAAACGAUACAAGAAAAAAGUACACGUUGAAGAAUUAGUGCCCUCCGUUAUUGAACCCUCGUUUGGGAUUGGUCGAGUCAUGUACGCCAUGUUUGAGCACAACUUUAAAAUACGAGAUGGUGAUGAACAGAGAUCAUACUUUUCACUGCCUGCCAUUAUUGCACCAUAUAAAUGCUCUGUUCUGCCUCUCAGUAACAAGGAUAGCUUCAUACCAUUUGUCAGAGAGCUGUCCAAGGCCUUGACCCUGAAUGACAUUUCUCAUCGUGUGGACGACAGCAGUGGUUCCAUAGGAAAACGAUAUGCCAGGACAGAUGCCAUUGCUAUACCAUAUGGUGUGACCAUAGAUUUCGACACAUUAAAUGCCCCCCACACAGCCACGUUACGAGAAAGGGACUCAAUGAAACAGAUCCGAGCACCACUGGAGGAAAUCCCCUUGAUUGUGAAGUCCCUGUCUACUGCAAUGAGAACUUGGGAGGAUGUACUUAAUAAUUACCCCAUAUUUGAACAACAGGAAGCAACAAAGGAAAAAUGAAGACAUUUUUUUUCUUUUUAGCUCAUUAUGUUAAUCUGUCUUUUAAAUUAUUUUCUCUGUUCGUAGCCAUCAAUACCAUGGCAAAACAGACUUUUCUGUCAGUAUUAGAACAAAAGCUACAGACCAUAAAAAAAGACCAUAAAAAAGCUAUGGACAGGAAUUGAAAAACUAAAUAUUUCUCUUGUGUUUCAAUUAUUGCCUGGAUUACCCCUAAGUACAUUUGUGUCAUGAUGAUAAUAUUAUGUGGUUUAGCCAGUGCAUGACUACAUAUAAAAUCAGUGAUCAUUUUGAAAAUUUAAAGGUCUUUAUUAGGGCUGCUAUUUGAAUUUUCAAGGUCACACAAUUUUUUUUUGAGACAUAAAAGUAGUUUUUGUAUACUCACUUGGGGAUGUGCUGUAAAGGUUAAUUAUUCAAUUAACCUUUUAUCUCUAAAUAUCAAUAAAAGGUUCUUAAUUUAUAAAAAUAAAAAAUAAAUCAAGUAAUAAAAUUGAUAAAAAUGA